AUGCGCGUUUACCUUCAAGAAUUUAUCACAAACUACCGAUACUUUUCGAUGAGUCCUGUUUACCUGGAUUCAACCUACAACGAAUUAGGUCGUUGGAUAUCAGCCGAGCAACGACGGAACUUUUCCAGAGCUAACCAUCUAGGACACCAGUUAGAAGACAUGAUUAAGGAAUGCAAGCUUAGCAGUGGAGACUGCCUCGGAGCCGGGUUACUCGAAUUAAGAAUGGUUCCUCGUUACGGCAACUGUUACUGUCUCGGAUGCAAUGCCAGCCGCUUCAGCUGGUGGGCAAAGGCCAUGCCUGAUCCAAGCAGUGGCCUGACGAUGUCCCUAAACAUGGAACCCGAAGAGUACCUGCCCGUGAUUACCGACGCAGGUUUCUACGUGAUGGUGCAUCAGCCAGGAAUACAAGAGGAGGUCACAGACAACUCGUUGUUCGUUCCACCGGGCUACACGUCGUACAUAGGGAUCAAUUUGUCCAUGCUGCACAAGUUGAGGUCACCGUACGAAAAUCCGUGCCAGAGCGAAUGGCCAGUCGAGUUUCACAGAUACCUUGUGCGAGGACUCAUCUAUACCAGGAGGGCCUGCUUAGAGUACUGCUAUCAAGUGCACGUGUUUGAGACAAGCGGCUGCCGGUCGUACAGCCAUAUCGCAUCAAUGUCUCCGAGGUCGCCAAUGCUCCCGUCAUGCCACGACGUACUGAAAGAUGAAUGUGAACAGAUGAUAGAAGACCAGAUCGCCCGAGGAAGCAUCACUUGCCAGGUGUCUCCUUCGUGCUUGUAA